GUGAGGUCUCUUUCGUAUACCGUUCGGUUUCUCAGGAGGCUAUUUGGAAAAAAAAUCCCGAUAAAGAAGAGUUUUCCUACUUAGAUUGUACCAUCAGACCGUCAUAAUGGCGCAGAUGUUACCCAUUCGGUUUCAAGAGCAUCUUCAGCUCACAAGUAUUGGGAUCAAUGCCGCCAACAUUGGAUUCAGCACCCUCACCAUGGAGUCGGACAAAUUCAUCUGUGUCCGAGAAAAGGUGGGGGAAACAGCACAGGUGGUCAUCAUCGACUUGCAUGAUCCUACCAAUCCCAUCAGGAGACCAAUUUCAGCUGAUUCAGCCAUCAUGAAUCCAGCCAGUAAAGUUAUUGCCCUAAAAGCUGGAAGAACCCUACAGAUUUUCAACAUCGAAAUGAAGUCCAAGAUGAAGGCUCACACCAUGACGGAGGAUGUGGUGUUUUGGAAAUGGAUAUCUGUGAAUACCAUUGCCCUAGUCACCGAAGGUGCCGUCUACCAUUGGCCCAUGGAGGGCGAUUCGCUUCCGCAGAAAAUGUUCGAUCGUCAUUCGAGUCUGACAGGCUGCCAAAUUAUCAAUUAUCGAACGGACGCCAAGCAGACAUGGCUGCUUCUCAUUGGCAUCUCCGCCCAGCAAAAUCGUGUCGUUGGAGCAAUGCAACUUUACUCUGUCGAACGCAAAGUCAGCCAACCCAUCGAAGGCCACGCCGCUGCUUUCUCGCAGUUCAAAAUGGAGGGAAAUCCAGAGUUCUCUACCCUUUUUUGCUUUGCAGUCAGAAGUGCACAGGGCGGAAAGUUGCAUAUCAUUGAAGUGGGAACCCCACCUACCGGAAAUCAGCCUUUUGCGAAAAAGAAUGUUGACGUUUUUUUCCCACCGGAGGCACAAAACGAUUUUCCCGUGGCAAUGCAGAUCAGUCCUAAGCAUGACGUGCUUUACUUGAUUACCAAGUACGGCUACAUCCAUCUAUAUGACAUGGAGACUGGUACCUGCAUUUAUAUGAACCGUAUUUCGGCGGAAACUGUUUUCGUUACCGCGCCCCAUGAGCCCUCAUCGGGUAUCAUUGGAGUCAACCGCAAGGGCCAAGUGCUGUCUGUCAGUGUAGAUGAAGAAACUAUUAUCCAGUAUAUUACAACAGCAAUGCAAAACCCAGAUCUUGCUCUGCGGAUUGCCACCCGCAACAAUCUUGCUGGGGCUGAGGAGCUUUUUGUGAGAAAAUUUAACACCUUGUUCCAGGGCGGACAGUAUGCCGAAGCCGCAAAGGUUGCAGCCAACGCACCGAAGGGUAUUCUGAGAACCCCAGCGACGAUCCAGCGCUUCCAAGCAGUGGCCGCCCAACCAGGCCAGACGUCUCCUCUGUUGCAGUAUUUCGGCAUCCUUUUAGAUCAAGGCCAGCUGAACAAAUUCGAGUCGCUUGAACUCUGUCGCCCUGUUCUCCAACAAGGUCGCAAGCAGCUGUUGGAGAAGUGGCUGAAGGAGGACAAACUCGAAUGCUCCGAAGAGCUUGGUGAUUUGGUGAAGCAGGCUGAUCCGACUCUGGCCCUGUCGGUUUACCUCCGUGCCAACGUGCCCAAUAAGGUCAUCCAGUGCUUUGCCGAAACUGGUCAAUUCUCCAAGAUUGUCCUGUACGCCAAGAAAGUUGGAUACACGCCCGACUACGUGUUCCUCCUCCGCAGUGUCAUGCGUAUCAGCCCAGACCAAGGAGCUUUGUUCGCUCAGAUGUUGGUGCAAGACGAUGAACCACUGGCCGACGUUGCUCAAAUUGUCGACAUUUUCCUAGAGCAAAAUAUGAUCCAGCCGUGCACGGCCUUCCUAUUGGAUGCCUUGAAGAACAACCGUCCGGCCGAAGGGCCCCUACAGACCAGAUUGUUGGAGAUGAACCUCCUCUCUGCCCCACAGGUGGCCGAUGCUAUUUUGGGUAACCAAAUGUUCACCCAUUACGACAGGGCUCACGUUGCCCAGCUGUGCGAAAAGGCCGGUUUACUACAGCGUGCUCUUGAACACUACACCGAUUUGUAUGAUAUCAAGCGUGCCGUGGUUCACACCCACCUUCUCAACCCAGAAUGGUUGGUGAAUUACUUUGGUUCCCUCUCUGUGGAGGAUUCGCUGGAGUGCCUUCGUGCCAUGCUCCAGGCCAACAUUCGCCAGAACCUCCAGAUUGGUGUCCAAAUUGCCACCAAAUAUCACGAACAGCUGUCCACGAACUCGCUGAUUGAGCUCUUUGAGUCCUUUAAGAGCUUCGAGGGAUUGUUUUACUUUUUGGGAUCCAUCGUUAACUUCAGUCAAGACCCCGAGGUCCAUUUUAAAUAUAUUCAAGCUGCCUGCAAAACGGGACAGAUCAAAGAAGUGGAGCGCAUUUGCCGGGAAUCGAACUGUUAUAACGCUGAACGAGUCAAGAACUUCCUCAAGGAGGCCAAACUGACAGAUCAGUUGCCGCUAAUUAUUGUGUGCGAUCGUUUUGAUUUCGUUCACGAUUUGGUGCUCUACCUUUACCGCAAUAGCCUUCAGAAGUAUAUUGAGAUUUACGUGCAGAAAGUUAAUCCUUCUCGCUUGCCUGUGGUUAUCGGCGGUUUACUGGACGUUGACUGCUCGGAAGACGUCAUUAAAUCAUUGAUCUUGGUCGUGCGUGGCCAGUUCUCAACCGACGAGCUUGUAGAAGAAGUAGAGAAAAGGAAUCGUCUUAAGCUGCUCUUGCCCUGGUUGGAGUCGCGUAUCCAUGAAGGAUCGGUCGAGCCAGCCACCCAUAAUGCCUUGGCCAAGAUUUACAUCGACAGUAACAACAAUCCCGAGCGCUUCCUGAAAGAAAAUGGAUUUUACGACAGCCGCGUCGUGGGUAAAUACUGUGAAAAACGCGAUCCCCAUUUGGCCUGCGUUGCCUAUGAACGUGGGCAAUGUGACCGAGAAUUGAUUAAGGUCUGCAACGAGAAUUCGCUCUUCAAGUCUGAGGCUCGCUACCUAGUUAGGCGCCGUGAUCCUGACCUUUGGGUGGAGGUUCUAAACGAGAGCAACCAAUUCAGACGUCAACUUAUCGAUCAGGUCGUCCAAACGGCUUUGUCAGAGACUCAAGAUCCCGAAGACAUUUCCGUUACGGUCAAGGCUUUUAUGACCGCUGACCUGCCCAACGAGUUGAUUGAACUUUUGGAGAAGAUUGUGCUUGACAACUCUGUAUUCAGCGACCAUCGUAACUUGCAGAAUCUCCUCAUCUUGACUGCCAUCAAGGCUGAUCGCACUCGUGUGAUGGAGUACAUCAACCGUCUAGACAACUACGAUGCACCAGACAUUGCUAACAUUGCCAUUUCUAACCAACUCUACGAAGAGGCUUUUGCUAUUUUCAAAAAGUUCGAUGUUAACGCUUCGGCCAUCCAAGUGUUGAUUGAAAACGUGAACAAUUUGGAUCGUGCCUACGAGUUUGCUGAACGCUGUAACGAACCAGCAGUUUGGUCCCAAUUGGCCAAAGCUCAGCUUCAGCAGGGUCUGGUCAAGGAGGCCAUCGAUUCUUUUAUUAAAGCCGAUGAUCCUUCGGCCUACUUGGACGUUGUAUCUACGGCACACCGCACUGGUGGCUGGGAGGACUUAGUUCGCUACCUGCAGAUGGCUCGGAAGAAGGCACGCGAAUCUUUCAUUGAAUCCGAAUUGAUUUAUGCCUACGCUCGAACUAAUCGGCUCGCCGAUUUGGAGGAGUUCAUUGCCGGUCCCAACCAUGCCGACAUUCAACGAAUUGGUGAUCGUUGCUAUGAUGACGGAAUGUAUGAACCAGCCAAACUACUCUACAACAACGUUUCCAAUUUUGCCCGGUUGGCUAUAACUUUGGUUCACUUGAAAGAGUUCCAGGGAGCCGUCGACUCGGCUCGCAAAGCCAACAGCACCCGAACAUGGAAAGAAGUUUGCUUUGCUUGCGUAGAUAACAUGGAAUUCCGUCUGGCUCAGAUGUGUGGGCUUCACAUUGUUGUCCAUGCUGAUGAACUGGAAGAUCUGAUCAAUUACUACCAAGAUCGUGGCUAUUUUGAGGAAUUGAUCAAUCUACUUGAAGCAGCUCUUGGAUUGGAACGCGCUCACAUGGGCAUGUUCACUGAACUUGGUAUCCUGUACUCGAAGUACAAACCGGAGAAAAUGCGCGAGCACCUCGAACUCUUCUGGUCACGCGUCAACAUUCCUAAAGUUCUACGUGCUGCCGAACAGGCACAUCUGUGGGCUGAGUUGGUCUUCCUGUAUGACAAAUAUGAAGAAUACGACAAUGCCGUUUUAACAAUGAUGCAACAUCCAACUGAAGCAUGGAGGGAGGGUCAUUUCAAGGACGUAAUUACCAAAGUGGCCAACAUUGAACUCUACUACAAGGGCAUCCAAUUUUAUUUGGAUUACAAGCCAAUGAUGUUGAACGACUUGCUCUUGGUGCUUUCUCCUCGCAUGGACCACACUCGUUCUGUCAACUUCUUCACCAAGCACAAUCACUUGGAAAUGGUUAAGCCUUAUUUGCGUUCAGUGCAAAACUUGAACAAUAAGGCAAUCAACGAAGCUCUCAAUAGUCUACUUAUUGAUGAAGAGGACUACCAGGGUCUACGCACGUCGAUUGAUGCGUUCGAUAAUUUCGAUACCAUCAUGUUGGCCCAACGCCUGGAGAAACACGAAUUAAUAGAGUUCCGUCGUAUCGCUGCCUAUCUAUACAAGGGUAACAACCGCUGGAAGCAGUCGGUUGAGUUGUGCAAGAAAGACAAACUGUUUAAAGACGCGAUGGAAUAUGCGGCCGAAUCGAAGAACGCCGAGAUUGCUGAAGAGCUGUUGGCGUGGUUCCUCGAACAGCGCAAUUUUGAUUGCUUUGCUGGCUGUUUGUACCAGUGCUACGACCUUCUUCAUCCCGAUGUCAUUCUUGAGCUCGCCUGGCGUCACAAGAUCAUUGAUUUUGCCAUGCCUUACCUUAUUCAGGUCAUGCGCGAAUACAUUUCCAAGGUCGACAAACUGGAAGCAGCUGAAUCAGAACGCCUUGAAGAAAACGACUCCCAGAGUCAGCCGCCAUCUAUGAUGAUUGCAUCACAGCAGCUCAUGUUGACGGCACCCGGCUAUGCACCUGCUUACGCUCCAGGUUUCACCCCGGGAUACGGUUACGGCAUGUAGAGAAUUUAAAUUCUGGUGUCAUUUUCUUCACUGGUUUUGUCAGCGGCGUUCGUGUUCUUUUCUUUGGCGUUCCUUUCCAAGUGUUUUUAGAAUGAGAAGUAAGUUACCAGCAAGAUUGUUAGAAAUUCGUGGAGUGUGCGGACAAGAAAAUUCCGACGCUAGAUUUUAGAACAACUUAUCGGCCUGAGGCUAAGUGAAGUAGUAGUAGCCAACUGCUUCCGCUGUCUGUCGAUGCCGGCGGAAACCAACUGAGCCAAUAUUUACGGCUAAAUGUUUUCUUUUUGCAGUUGAUUGAUUGGUGAUUUUUUUCUUUUUUUUUUUUUUUUGUGUUUGUGAAUGUAUUCUGAUGCUUAAAGUCCCUUGAAUCAGUCUCUUCGGAGAUAUAAACCAAACCAUAGUAGUGCGA